UUAUUUGAAUCUUCAAGUGCAGACGACAAGUUGAAAAUUGACGAACAGCCGCGUUUGAAUAGAAAAGACUGACUUUUGACAUUGAUCUAAAUUUUCAAGAUGGCGUCCACUGCAGACAUCCCAAAAACAAUGAAAGCAUUGUUAAAAGAGACGGAAACAGAAUCGUAUGUAUAUACACAGAUGCCAGUUCCAGAACCGGAAAAGGAUGAAGUUUUGAUAAAGGUAGACGUCGUCUCUAUAUGCGGAUCAGACAUAGCACUGUACAAAUGGAGCGAGAUGGCACGUGUUAUUGCGACAGUGCCUUUUAUCCCAGGGCACGAGACGGCAGGCACGGUCGUAAAAUGUGGCCCUGAUGCCACGAUGAAAAUUGGCUCGCGCGUUGGAGUUGAGAAUCAUUUUUACUGCGGAGACUGUUAUCAGUGUAAUAAUGGAAUGAAGGAAAUAUGUAUCAACAUGGGUCAGUACGGACAUGGGAGGAAGACAAUGCACGGAGGGUGCUCAGAAUAUUCUAUCGUGUCACAGAAAUAUCUGUAUGAGAUUACACAGGAUUUAAAUGCGGAAGAGAUAACCAUGUUAGAGCCGCUAGGUGUCGCGCAUAAUGGAGUGGAAAGGUUAAAGGUCAAGGAUGAGGAUGUGUUGGUGAUUGGAUGUGGACCUGUAGGCCUACUAGCACAGCGAGUAGCCAAAGUUAUGGGUGCGAAAAGAGUUAUUGGAGCCGACAUUGAGGAGUGGAAGUUGAAGCUGGCAAAAGACAUUGGAACAGAUAUUGUGAUAAACACAAAGGAGAAAGACAUAAAAGAGGUUAUCAUGGAAAUUACUUCCGGCACUGGUAUAGGACGUAUAUGCGAGUGUAGCGGGAACGCCACAAUGCUCAACUCGUGUUUCUCCUACCUGAGGAAGGGCGGCCGGGUUGUGCUGAUUGGGCUAACGAAACAGCCACUUCAUGUUGAACACCCGCUACCGGAUAUCAUGUUCAAAUGCUUGACAAUAAAGACGGUCCACGGUCGCCGUAUAUACCAUACAUGGGAGGCGCUGGAAAAAAUGGUUGCCGAUAAGGAGGUAGAUGUGGACAAGGUGAUCACACACAGGUUCCCGAUGUCGCAGUACGAGGAAGCAUUCAAAACCCUCUUCAGUGGUUCUGCAUGCAAAAUCGUUAUGGACCCGUCGAAAUAAUUUUAAAAUGUCGAAGCAUUGGACAGUGAAUGAAAGUUAAUAGAAUGUCAUUUGAGCCGUGCCAUGAGAAAACCAACAUAGUGGCUUUGCGACCAGCAUGGAUCCAGACCAGCCUGCGCAUCCGCGCAGUCUGGUCAGGAUCCAUGCUGUUCGCUUUCAAAGUCUAUUGCAAUUAGAGAAACUGUUAGCGAACAGCAUGGAUCCUGACCAGACUGCGCGGAUGCGCAGGCUGGUCUGGAUCCAUGCUGGUCGCAAAGCCACUAUGUUGGUUUUCUCAUGGCGCGGCUCAUUUAUUUGUUAAUAAGAUGUUAACAUUACGUUAAACUAGUCACAACAAACGAGAAUAACAGGGUAUGGUAAAACUUAUGUCCGUACCUAUGCGUGUAAGCAAAAUUGAUAUUCACAAUAAAUUGUAUGUGUAGCUACUAGUAUUUGUUUUCAAUUAUCAGCGUAUAAUAAAUAUCAUAACAUGG